GAAAAGAAUGGCGGAGGAGUACAACAAGAAGAGCGAUGAACACGAGUACGAGAGGAAGACUGGGGAUUACGAGGAGGGAUCGGGUGCAGGCGAGACCAAGGAUCGUGGGUUGUUUGAUUUCUUGGGGAAGAAAGAGGAGGAGAAGCCAACUCCUUAUCAGCAAGGGGAUCAGGUGAACGUCGCCGAGUUUGAUGAGAAAGUCAAGAUCUCCGAUCAUCACGAUCAGCAUGCAUCAUCAUACAACAAAGUAGAAGAGGAGGAAGACAAGGAGAAGAAGCACGAGACUCUCCUGCAGAAGCUUCACCGAUCUGAAAGCAGCUCUAGCUCUUCAAGUGAUGAGGAGGAAGAUGAAGAGAAGAAGAAGAAGCGGAAAGAAAAGAAGGGAUUGACGGAUAAGAUCAAGGAGAAGAUCUCCGGUGAUGAGCACAAGGAAGAAGGCUAUCACAAGGAGGAGGACACGGCUGUCCCGGUGGAGAAGGUGUACGAGGAGGAACAUCAUCAUCCAGCUCCAGCUCCAGCUCCGGUUGUUCAUUACCACGAAGAGCCAACCGACUCUCCAACUGAGGAAAAGAAGGGUUUCCUCGAGAAGAUCAAGGAAAAGCUACCUGGCCACAAGAAGACUGAGGAGGUUCCAGUUGGUGCUGCUUCGCACGAACAGCACAGUGACGACAAACAUGCGGCGGAGCCACCGGUAGCAGCCUCUUAUGAAGCUGGAGAAGAGCCCAAGGAAAAGAAGGGUAUUUUGGAGAAGAUCAAGGAAAAGCUUCCAGGGUACCAUUCCAAGACCGAGGAAGAUCACAAGGACAUCAAGGAGAAAGAGAAGGAUACUCCUUCCUACUAAUUAAGGG